AUGCCAGCUGAUGACGAUGCUCGUACCUCGAACGGGACGUCGAGGCCUAGCCAUAAUGGUGCUUCCACUGCUGAAACCACGACAUCCUCGGCUAACGGCAUAUACAAAGCGGCGAUAGCGACAAAUGGCUCUUCAGCUGCCUCUCGUUUGGCCUCCUCCUCAUACCAUGGCCAUGACAAGGAGGAGGUCACUCGCAUCCUCAUACAGACCUUGGCGGACAUGGGAUAUCAGUCCGCUGCCGAGUCUUUGAGUCACGACAGCGGCUUUCAGCUUGAGAGCAAAACUGUUGGAAGCUUUCGAACUGCUAUCAUUGAUGGGGUGUGGGAUGUGGCCGAAGAACUACUCUCUGGGGCUGCUGCCUCCGGUGACAGGGGCCAGCAGGGCAAUGGUUUGGUUCUUGCUUCAGGAUCCAACCCAAGCCUCAUGCGAUUUUGGAUACGACAACAGAAGUUUUUGGAGUUACUGGAAAGCAAGCACAUUAGUCAAGCUCUUGUGGUUCUGAGGACGGAGCUUACGCCAUUAUACCAGGACACUCAGAAGCUCCACAUGUUGUCUAGUCUACUCAUGUGCACCUCGACCGAAGAUCUGCGGUCGAAAUCCGGCUGGGACGGCUCACGGGGGAAUUCAAGACGUGAGCUGCUUUCAGAACUAUCCAUUAUGAUUUGGGAAGUCCCCUCUUUCAACGUUGUCCGGACACUAGGGGACCAUGUCGAUGGCUGCGCGAAUCUGGCAUGGAGUCCGGAUGACUCCAUGAUAGUAACAUGCGGUCGCGAUAAGCAUGCACGGCUGUGGGAUACCAAGUCCGGCCACCUCCUAAAGAAGAUUGGCCGCCUCGCAGAGCCUGUCAGCGGGUGCGUCUGGGCGCCGGACGGCCAAAGCUUCGUGGUCAGUUCACUGGACAAGGAGCACAGUAUACAGUCCUGGAGCGUAGACGGAGAGCUCAUAUGCGACUGGGCAAAGAAGCACAGGGUCCAAGAUGUCUGUGGAUCCGCCGACGGCCACUGGCUUGUCGCCGUAGACGACUCGCAGUCGAUUCAUAUCUACAACGCUGUGACGCGAAAGCUUGAAUGCACUAUGAAGCUCGAUUCUAGGCCAACCUCGGUUAGCAUCAGUGUGGAUUCGAGGCAUCUGCUGGUCAACAAACAAAACGACGAGGCGCAGCUGAUCGAUCUGAUCGCUCGGAAACCUGUACAGAAAUUCAUCGGACACACAGGCGGCGCCUGUUUGAUUCGGAGUGCUUUUGGCGGUGCGAACGAGAGUUUCGUCGUCAGCGGCAGCGAAGACGGCAGCAUACUUAUCUGGCACAAGAACAGCGGAGUGGCCGUGGAAAGGCUGCAGGGCCACUCUCCUCGGACAAAUGCUGUUGUGUGGAAUCCGACAGAUCCGUGCAUGAUUGCGUCCUGUGGUGACGAAGGCGUUAUAAAGAUGUGA